AUGUCAACGAUUAUCUCUAUAGUAUUGUUGGUGGUGGUUGCGACUAGUGUAGUGGUGGCCACACAACAAUCACCAUCGAUGAUGAAUAGUUUUCUCAUGGGAGGUUACUUCUCAUCGUUUGAUAUGUACACAGGACAAUCAUUUGGCAACUAUUUCAUCAAUGUUCCCAAAGGUCUUAGUACCAAUACUGUAACUACGAUAGCUCAGUUCAAUUAUGCCUUUAAUAAUCUUCUUACAUUUCAAUACAACUCUAUCGACUUGUCAAGCGGCCUUGCAUUCAGCACCUACUGCGGAGCUUCAUCAAACCUUGUCAUAUUUGAUUUUAAUAACGAGACUGUGUAUGUUUACAUCCAACAACAACAAUGUGAAGGAAUACCAUUCAAGAGUUCGGCAUGCUCAUUGUACACGAUUGGAGCAUAUGAUAAUAUGACACAAACUUAUUAUUUGAUUGGUGAUUUGGAAGGAAGCGUAUUGUCAUCACUCACAUUUGGUGUGUACUCUAUGAUCACCAAAGACAUUACAUACGUAGAGAUACCCUACCAUAUGGACAGUAAUGCCAAUCUCCAACAGGUAUUUGUCUAUGACUCUGUCGUCUACGCAUGCGUCUUCCAAAGUUCAUUUACCGAGGUUAUUGCCAUUGAUUUCGCCACGAGAUCAACUAAAAGCAUCUUCCGUGUCUCAAGCAUUAUGCCAGAGGGCCAGUUUGCCUUUGACACUCGAGGAUACAUCACAGGAUUUAUAGACGAGGAUACUAAAUUGUACAAUGCCUACAUCAUCAAUCUAAAGACACUGGAUGUGAUCCACAACGAGAUUCCAUAUCCAAGUGACUCAUUUGUUGGUAACUAUAACUCUAAUUUGUUCUGUUCAGUUUAA